CUGGAGAACAGGUGGAUAUGCCAGUGUUCUUUUUUAUUGAUCCAGAAUUUGAAAAUGAUCCAUUGAUGAAAGACGUGGAUACGGUCACUUUAUCUUAUACCUUUUUCAAGGCAAAAUAUGAUGAUAAUG